AUGGUAAUCAAGCUUGCUGAUUACAAAUUUAUUGUUCGUGCUGUGAUAGGAGAUGGCACCUCUAGGCAAGCGCCAUACUUGGUCUGGUUGAUCUACUUGAUCCACUUCGCAUUAGCGAACGGACCAAUAGCGAAUCGAAUAUCUAUUUCCACUUCAUCCACUAUGCUAUGCUUCCUGCAAGUCACCUCAUGGCAAGCUAACGAAGACAACCCACCUAAACAAUGGAAGGUGAAAAUGUCACCUAUGCGUAAUAGCUUGAGUUUUAUGUCUUUGAAGGAGAGAUUCUUUGCCAAUGAUGGAGUUCCCGAUGCUGGCCGUGAGGUGAUAGCAGAAUAUCGUCAAAUAUGUGAGCAGUUUAGGAGAUUCAUCAGAGAAUUCUCAACCGGUGGCGUUGGGGGUCUUCAUUAUCGAGACGAGCUGAAGAGAAACUACAAUGCUAAGCACUACUACCUCGAAGUUAGCAUGAAUCAUCUAAAACAGUUUGAUGAAGAUGCUGAAGCAAAGCUGCGAACUCAUCCUGGAAAGUUCCUCCCAGCUUUCGAAGAAGCAGCUCGAACAGUUGCUGAUGAGCUCACUGCUCCUCGGCCUGAAGGCGAGGAAGAGAUGAAGGAUAUUCAGGUCUCCUUGACGUUGGACGAGUAUCCGACAUCAAUUCGAAGAGUUAAGAGUGCGCAAGUAUCACAAAUAGUCAAGAUUUCCGGUAUCAUUGUUGCCGCUUCACAGGUGCGUGCGAAAGCUACCAAGAUAACCCUGCAAUGUCGCACAUGUCGCCAUACUAUUAGCGACCAGGUGCUGAAGCCAGGGCUUGAGGGUUUCCAGCUUCCAAGAACUUGCGGAGCACCGCAAUCUGGACAGCUACAGCGAUGUCCAGUCGAUCCUUAUCACAUAGUACCCGAUAAGUGUCACUGCGUUGAUUACCAGACUCUAAAGCUACAGGAAAAUCCCGAAGAUGUCCCACAUGGGGAAAUGCCUCGACAUUUACAACUUUAUUGCGACAGGUACCUUACUGAUAAAGUAGCACCUGGAAAUCGCGUCACAUUGGUUGGAGUCUUUUCGAUAAAGCGACUAUUCCAGAAGGGUAAGGGAAACAAGGACAAAACUCUUACUGGCAUUCGUACGCCUUACCUUCGUGUGCUUGGUAUCCACGUCGAGACUGGUGGACCUGGACGUGCUGAUUUCAAGCAUUUUACACCAGAUGAGGAACGUAACUUCAAGGACUUAGCCAAACGACCUGAUGCUUAUGAACUCAUUGCCAAGAGUAUCGCUCCUUCCAUCUAUGGAUCUGUUGACAUAAAGAAAUCGAUUGCUUGUCUGCUGUUUGGAGGUUCAAGGAAAAGGCUACCUGAUGGCCUCACUCGACGUGGAGACAUCAACGUGCUCCUUCUUGGUGACCCGGGUACUGCCAAAUCUCAGCUGUUGAAAUUUGUCGAGCAGGUGUCUCCUAUCGGCGUUUAUACUUCGGGUAAAGGUUCAUCAGCCGCCGGUCUGACUGCCUCUGUUAUACGCGAUCCUACCUCGCGCACGUUCAUGAUGGAGGGUGGCGCUAUGGUCCUUGCUGAUGGUGGAGUCGUUUGCAUUGACGAAUUUGACAAGAUGCGAGAAGAUGAUCGUGUGGCUAUCCAUGAAGCUAUGGAACAGCAGACCAUUUCAAUUGCCAAGGCCGGUAUAACCACAACACUGAAUUCUCGGUGUUCGGUGUUAGCUGCUGCUAACUCCGUUUAUGGUCGGUGGGAUGAUAGCCGCGGCGAUGAAAAUAUUGAUUUCAUGCCUACAAUUCUAUCUCGGUUUGAUAUGAUCUACAUAGUAAAGGAUACACAUGAUGUGAAGCGGGAUGAGACUCUCGCAAAACACGUCAUCGAUGUCCACGUAAAUGCUUCGAAGAACAAGGACAAGUCAAUAAUCGAGAAGGAAGUAAACAAGGAUGCGAAGACAGAGAUGUUCGAUGCCGAUGGCUAUCUGACCCUUGAGUUUCUGAAAAAAUUCAUAUGUUACGCAAGAGCAAACUGUGGUCCACGGCUUAAUCCACAAGCCAGUGAAAAGCUUGCGAGCAACUAUGUCCGAAUGAGAAAUCCUCCAGUGGACUCAGAUGAAAUAAGACUGGGAAAGAAAGCUGCAAAAUCCUCAAUUUCUAUCACUGUUCGUCAACUAGAAGCAGUAAUCCGUAUGAGCGAAAGCUUGGCAAAAAUGGAGCUGUUACCAUUUGUAUUAGAUAAGCAUGUUGAAGAAGCACUCCGUUUGUUCCGAGUAUCGACCAUCGAAGCAGCAGCCACUGGAAAUCUUGCUGGUAUCGAGGGCUUUACCUCCGAUGUAGACCAAGAAUCUAUGCAGAGAAUUGAAUCACAAAUGAAGAAGCGUUUCUCCGUGGGGACGCACGUAUCUGAACUUGUGAUCAUCCAAGACUUCGUUACUCGUCAACAUUACAAUGAGACUUUAGUGAAGAAGGUCAUAAUCAACAUGGUCAGACGUGGAGAUUUACAGUACAAAAUGCAAAGAAAGAUGCUUUAUCGCGUCCGCUAAUUCCUCCGAAAUCCUCUCGACACUAAUACGCGUAAUAAAACCCUGUUUCCUGUAUAUUACUGUAUGAUUCUAAUUUCUCUAAAGCUCCACUUUCUACCUUCCAAUAAACGAUAUCUUGUAUGUAUUCGUACGUCUCAUUAGUGGCAGUGGUCGCCAAAAUGAACACUUGAUGAUGUGAG